AUGAAGUCGGGCCUCGAUGUCCUAAAGACUGAGGAGUUUGCAACCUUCUGGCCUGGGGGCUGGAUCUUUGCGCGCUUGACCGUGGACGUGCGCAGCGCUGUGCAAGACUGCCAGAAAUUCGGCUGGGAGGCCGGCGCCCGGCUCUUGCGGCCACUGGCGCAGGAAGGUGUCCUGAGGAUCUUCGAUGUGAGUUGCGGCUUGGGCCUAAGCUCAAUAGCCGCUGCCCGGGCGGGGCACAACGUCACCGCCACCGAGGUCUCCUCAGAGGUGCUGCAGAUAGUGGGGCAGAACGCGCAGCGCAAUGCAGCCCAGCUGCGCCUCUGGCGAUGGGACCUGCAAAUGGAGCCGCCACCCGGCCUGGUGAAGCCACUGGAGGGACCGUCGGACAGCGCCUACCACCUUUGCUUGCUGGAUCUGGGUUGGCUCAACAUGCGCGACCGUGCAGCCAACCUUCUCAAAGACUGGCGCAUCUCCAUUGUCCUGGGCGAGGAAUGGCCAAUCUUGGAAAGCGUGUUGAACAGCACCCUGGUUAGACUGCGGCAACUCGGCGGCUGCAAGCUCCAUGCCUUUAUUGGGAGGACGACUGCUGGUGACGCCGUGGUUCUGGAGCAUGCAGCGGUCGAGCUCGAAAGCAGCACAAAGGAGCUCUUGCGUGCCCUGGACACCCUGGGGGCCGAGUUUCCGACGUCUGCAGGCCCGCGCGAGGCCACCGUGAGUCCGUUGGGAUGGCUGGAGAAGAUUGGGUGGACACCUCCCAUUUGGCAUCACCUGAUCUUGUGGUAG